AUGGAUCAAAUUAUAGACCAACUAAAGGCUGUUAAUUUUGCAACGUUUACGAUCGACACUUCAAAUCAUAAGAAUUUCAAAAUUGUCCUCAUUCUUAUUCGACAUUUCGAUCCUAAAUUGGGAGUUCACAUAAAAGUGUUAGAGUUCACAAAUUUGAAAGGAGAAACUUCGGAUAAAUUUCCAUUUUAUAAAAUAGAAGCUUUAAUAAAACAUAAAUUAUCUCACAAAAUUGUUGCAUUUACUGGCGAUAAUUGUAAUACCAAUUUUGGAGGCGCUGCAAGGAAAGGAACAUGA